GGCAGAUGACGCUGCAGCAGCAGCGAAGAAGAAGAUGCAGAGCAGGCACGUCUGCUGGCACUUUAACAACAGCGCCAGCAUGACGAGGCAGCAGCAAGGGCUGCCGAUGAAGAAAGAAUACAGCGACGUGAGAAGAUAUUCACUGAAGAGCGGGCGUUACUUACCAUGGCAGCGGCAUGGCGGACCGAGGCCGAGGAUGGCAAGUUGGAGGACAGCGCCAAGAAGAUAGCGCUCCUCUCUCAUCUCACGGAUCUCCUGGCCACCUGCAUUACACAGCAGGCGGAGAUCCUUGGCCUCGACACCUCGCUAGCUCAUCUCCAAGACCGCCUUCAGCGGUUGGAGCAGCGACCAGCCGCUGCCGCAGACGCAGGCUCUUCCAACACUACCGAUCGCCUCAAUGCAUUGGAGAUGGACGUCGGUGCACUUAAGGAUGGCGUACAAUCGCAGCAGACCGCGACACAGCAAUUGCAACGGCGGAUCUGCACUACCGCCACCACUUCGAGUACAGAACCGCGCGAGACCACUCCAAAGUUCGACGGGCAGGAGAUCUUCUGCGAUUCAACGAAGACAGAUCCUAUUCCAUGGUUUCGCAAGUUCGAGCUCACGCUGCUGCUGUCCAACGUCAAGGAACACAAGCAUCACGCCUACCUGUACUCUCGCUCAGGGGGCGCGUGCCAGGCUUGGUUGGACAACCUCUUGUCUAAGUAUGGAGUGGUAGCAGCGGACUUGCACACCGUGAUCAGUUGGGAUGAUCUGAAGGCGGCGUGGCACAAGCGGUUCCAGGUGGAGCCGCUAGAGAUCAAAGCCAUGGACAAGCUCAUGGUCUUUGAGCAAGGCACGCUACCGAGUACGGAUUGGAUCGCCGAGUACCAACGCUUGACGUCAGUCCCAGACAUCCUGAUGGGCUUCAAGGCCAUCCGCCAUUACUUCAUCUCAAGGUCAUGUCCGACAUUAAGCAACGCCCUGACGCAUGUCGAAGACACCUUGACGACGACGGCGGAGUUGUUCGACAAGGCUGCGCAGAUCAUUAUCACAAACAAGGAGGCCAAGAACCAUCGUUCAUCUGCGUCAGGCCCGAGCAGGGACCAGCAUCGGCCAAGAGUGGUCGUGGUCGCAGCGGCAACGCCGUUAGACCAAACCAGCGAGGCUGUGUCUGCCAGUGAAGGAGUCAGACUCGGACAAGGAUUGUGUGCGGUUUCUUCUCCGUCCGGCAACGGCGACAAUUCGUCUUCAAGUGGUUCUUCACGGGAUUCGGCGCGCGAGUUCAACAUAGAGGCAUUGGACCCGCUCACGUCUGAGGACUUUGCAUGGCUUCCUCUCCCGACCACCGGCCGAUUGCCGGGACCGCAAUGCGCAGCACUUAGCGCUAAUCUUCACACUUACCUAUCCUUCUAUGCACCACCAACUUCGCCGACGGAUGACGAAGUCGCAGUGGGGGACAUCUUGGCGUAUACUACCGAGGUGGCCCGCGAGUUUCGCACGCAGCGGUACGAUGACAACAACGCACCGCUGAUGUAUGUCCGCAUUCAAGUUGGGCAAGCGUCCUGCAGCGCUUUGCUGGAUAGCGGCGUGACUCGCAACUUCAUGAGCCAAUCCUUUAUGCAAAGGGCUGGCCUUGGCGCACAGGUUCGGAGGAAGGCAAACCCGACGGCGAUCAAGUUGGCGGACGGUAMGACGCAGCAACUUCUCGACCGUUACAUCGAGGCYGUACCGRUCUACUUCGCACCUCAUGCAUGCGAACCGGUCACGUUCGAUAUUCUCGACACGGACUUCGACAUCAUUCUGGGAAUGCCUUGGCUUGCAAGUGCGGAUCACAUGGUCAACUUCCAUCGGCGGACUCUUAGCGUUCGCGACGCCUUCGGCGUGGAAGUGGCGUGUACUGUUCCUCUACCGCACUCUUCGAUCCGGUGCCAAGUGGUAACGGCCAAAUCAUUCCGGGCGACUUGUGCCUACGAGCAGCCCGAUGAGAUCGGCCUAUGUUUCCUACACACCGUCGCGGUAGCCGACUCUUCCCCCACGGACUUGUCUUCGGACCCCCGUGUGGUACGGUUGCUGGACGAGUUCGCCGAUAUCUUCGAGUCACCUACCGGUGUGGUGCGGGAUCGGCUGAUCUCUCACGAGAUCAUUCUUGAGGCCGGUGCUGUGCCGCCGAAAGGUUGCAUCUAUCGGAUGAGCGAGGAGGAGCUUGAGGUACUCCGCGCACAACUCGAUGAUUUGUUGGCCAAAGGCUGGAUCCGCCCGAGCAGCUCCCCAUAUGGAGCACCUGUUCUCUUCGUCAGGAAGAAGAACAAGGAUCUACAAUUGUGUAUCGACUACCGCAAGCUCAACGCGCAAACCAUCAAGAAUGCGGGGCCUCUGCCUCGCAUCGACGAUCUUCUCGAGCGACUGGGCGACGCGAAGUAUUUUUCCAAGUUGGAUUUGAAAUCGGGAUAUCAUCAAAUCUCGAUCCAGCCGCACGAUCGCUACAAGACCGCGUUCAAGACACGGUACGGGCAUUUUGAGUGGGUGGUCAUGCCUUUUGGCCUCACCAACGCCCUGGCGACGUUCCAGGCGACGAUGACCAACGAGUUCCGUGCAAUGUUGGACCGGUUCGUGCUGGUCUACUUAGACGAUAUUCUCGUCAACAGCCGGUCAUUGGAGAAUCAUCUGGGGCACCUUCGACGAGUGUUGGAGACGCUCCGCCGCGCCAAGUACAAGGCCAACCGCGACAAGUGUGAAUUUGCCCGGCAGGAGCUGGAAUACUUGGGCCAUUUUGUCACAGUGGAGGGCAUCAGUCCGCUAUCGGACAAAAUUCAGGCCGUCCAAGAGUGGCCGGAGCCUCGGAACGUCACGGAAGUUCGCUCGUUCCUUGGUCUUACCGGCUACUAUCAGCGCUUUAUCGAAGGCUACUCCAAGAUCGCGGCCCACUUGAACAAGCUUCAGUGCGAGGAUCGUCCGUUUGAAUUUGKAGAGGAGGYGCGGGGAUYAUUCCUCGCUCUCAAAGCCGCGCUAYUGUCUGCGGAGGUCUUGCGAAUCUACGACCCGCUCGCACCUACGCGUGUCACUACGGAUGCGUCAGGAUAUGGCAUUGGUGCAGUCCUCGAGCAACAUGAUGGUGUGGACUGGCACCCGAUCGAGUACUUCAGCAAGAAAGURCCCCUCGUGCAUUCYAUCGACGAUGCACGCAAGAAGGAGCUCCUYGCCUUCGUCCACGCGCUCAAGCGRUGGCGGCACUUCCUCCUUGGUSGAAGCCAAUUUCGCUGGGUAACGGACAACAAUCCGUUGGUCUUCUACAAGACCCAGGACACCGUCAACARCACCAUCGCUCGAUGGAUGGCUUUUAUCGACCAGUUCGACUUCUUUCCCGAUCACAUUCCCGGGAAGUCGAACCGUUUUGCGGAUGCUCUUUCACGGCGUCUGGAUCAUUGUACCGUGGUCUACUCAACUUUCGAGAUUGACGACGACCUGCGGAACAGCUUCAUCCGCGGCUACCAAGCCGACUCCGAGUUUCGCGACAAGUACGAGAAUUGCUCCUCGCCUAAUCCGUCUCCUUCUCACUACCGGAUCGAGGAGGGGUACUUGCUUGUCCACACGCGGGGGAAGGACCUUCUUUGCGUACCAAGUGAUCCUCACUUGCGUACACAGCUUCUUGGCGAGUUCCACGAUGCUCCCGCCACUGCACACUUCGGGGUCAAUCGCACGAUUGGCCGACUUCGCCAGCGAUUUUGGUGGCCUGGCCUUCUCAGCGACGUCACGCGCUAUUGCAAGUCUUGCGAGGUUUGCCGACGCUGCAAAUCCCGCAACCAUSGUCCGUACGGCGAGCUACGAGCAUUGCCGGUCCCGUUGAGGCGAAGGGAAGCGAUUGCCAUGGACAUUACCGGCCCGUUCCCCAAGCACAAGACCGGAGUGGAUGGGAUUCUCACGAUCGGUCAUGUCAUCGGUCACAAAGUAUGGGAUCUCUGCGUGUGGUUGCUAUGGUAUUGUAUAGGGACAGGAUUUUGGUUUGCGGGGGAGGUUCCCCCUUYAUUUUCUGGCAAYGGAUGGUAUACCGAUUUGCUGCUUGGGGAUAUGUUGUGGCUUGACUCAUUUCCUGCCCCGUCUCGUCCCACACAAGCUCUAAUCUCUCUUGCGUCUCCAACCAUCCUGGAAUUCGUCAAAAUCCACUCGUUGAAUGUCUCCCCCACUUUGAUCACGGUUCUCUCCUUUGAUCAGUGGGCUGAUUUCCUGUGGACUGCAGCCCACAACAAACCUGAGUUCCUUGAACUCACCAAAUACCUUGUGACCCAUGCGUCUGACAUAGCUAGCGAGGAUGAGUUAGUUUCGUUGUGCAUURACAAUGACCUCGCAUUGAAGGAGAGGGUCCUUGUGGAGAUAUUUGGGGCGGAUUCUAAUUUUCAUGCUGGCUUGGUCUCCACGGAACAUGCGGAUUCGGAUGGUGACRAAGGRGAAAACGAGGAGGAGGAYGGGGAGUCGUUACCUCUCAYGGAGGAGGRGAAGGCAUUUCAYRCAAUGAUGAUAGCGGAGGGUAAGAAGRAUAGAAUCAAGGCGGUAGCAGACAAUCGGAGGGUUAAGAUCAAUAAGUACGUUCGCAAUGUGUUCCUUCCCACUGUCCCCUCGAGGUGGGUAGAGUCUCAGUCCAGGGAAGUUGACGACAAACUUUGGGAUCUGUACACAUUCAAUUACACAGCCCCGAUUCACGCUAACUCGUACAAAUUUUUAGCAUCCCUCACUGAUGAUGAAAUGAAGAAGUGCAGGGAGAAGGCACUUAUGGAGAACACUGACUUGAUCAAGGGGAAUUAGCCCCUCACUGCGGACAGCAUGAAACUC